AUGGCGCGAGGAUCGAUUCCCGUUCUGAUAGUCCUAUAUUGCGCAAUAUAUCAUAGCCAGAUCUGCAAUGCCGGGAUCCUCAAAGCCGGAAAAGUUUACCCGACGCUUAUCGAAGAAAGGAGUUCGGCGGGCCAGCUCACCUUAAGAAUUAACCAGGACCUCGUGCUUAAUCUACGAAGAACGUCUGUGUUUUCGGACACAAUUCAGUUGUCAUCGUUUGAUGAGGAUACUAUGCUCACACGCAACAUACGAUCAGAAGUAAUUGAGAAGAACUUGUAUCACGACACCCAACAUGGAGCCGCCGUUAUAGUAUCCGACGCCGACGGACUUCGUGUGGAAGGAAUGAUUGGGGACCGACUGAGAAUAUCGCCCUCAGACACUGCCGAACGCAGUCCAGAUGGACAUCUGGCCCAUGAAAUAUUUGAAAUCGAGAUACAAUCUUCAGAAGGAAAUGAUAUAUCACCGGAGGCACCAAAUGGGCACCUCGUAUCAACCAAUACUUCAAAUCGCUUUGACAUAACAGCAAUGGAGCGAGCCCGAAGAGGGAUAAAGGUUAUUAUUACACCUGAGGUUCAUCUCCUAAUCGACUCGGCCCUUACAAAACAAUUUAACGACACAGAAAGUAUCGUCAGUUAUUACGCAGUAUUCGCUGCCUUUCUGAAUUUAAAAUUUAAAACUUUGGAAGAAUGGCUUGAUGUGCAGCUUGUUAUUACAAAGAUUACGACAUAUACGAACACAAGCGAGACCUUUGUUAAGAAGCCACCAGGAAAUGAAAGUGUCAUACUCACAGACAGCCUAGAGAAAUUAAGGCAUUUUAUCAAGAACAAAAGCGAAUUUUCAACCGAUGACCUUGUGGUAUUACUAACUGGACGAGACAUUGCGGUUUAUAACUCAGAGAGCCAGAAAGUGGAAUCUGAAGGCACUUCAGGUUACGCGUAUGUUGGUGGCGCUUGCCGGGAUUCCAGGGUGGGCAUGGUGGAAGACAAGGCCAACAUGUUCACCGGUACGCACACAUUCGUACACGAGGUCGGACACCUACUUGGGAUGUCCCAUGACGGUACUAAGGCACCAGAUCACAUAAAGAACAGUCCCGGAGCCACAAAGUGCAGCCCGAGUGACGGUUACAUUAUGGCUCCUACGUACGACGUCCAUAGUUAUCAUUUGUUUUCGGUAUGCAGCUCAGAACAGCUCUUCGCUUUUCGAAUGGACCCGCACACCACGUGUUUUAAUAAUGCUCCGCAGAGGCAUAAUAAACCUUUAAAGUACGACGAAAUUAGAGAUAAAGCAGUAUCAGCACAGACGUUUUGUGAGUUAAAACACCCUGGAAAAAACGUCACAUAUCUCCAGUCAUAUAACGGAUCUCAAUAUUAUGACCUGAUGCGCUGUGACAUUAUAUGCUCAUGGUCGGAUGGACACCUUUCGUAUCUCGCCUUUUAUGAUGCUCCUGAUAACACUCCUUGUUACGAGGAAGACCAUUCAUUGGUCUGCAUUAACAAAGACUGCAGUGUAAUUCCCACUGACUUGAAGACAUUCACAGCAAUUCCCAAAGAAGCAUAACCUUCCCG